AUGAAGCAGGGUAAGCUCACUGUUGUUGUUAAAGAGCUUUCCGGUGGCCAUUUUCAUGUCAAAACCCUCAUCAUCUUCUCUUUGUCAAUGGGACUACUUUUGAAAGAUUACACGGCUCCCAAGGAGCUAUGGCAUUCUAUGAGUGAUGAGGAGCUCUUUUGGCAAGCUUCAAUGGUGCCACGCAUCGUCGAAUACCCCUAUAAUCGAACACCAAAGGUGGCAUUUAUGUUCCUAACAAAGGGACGAUUGCCAUUCGCACCACUUUGGGAAAGUUUUUUCAAGGGACAUGAUGGCUUCUACUCAGUUUAUCUCCAUGCAGCACCAGACUUCAAGAAUGAGCCACCAGAAUCAUCAGUGUUUUACAAGCGUAAGAUACCAAGCCAGGCAGUUGAAUGGGGAAAGCCAACAAUGGUUGAUGCUGAGAGGCGCCUAUUAGGCAAUGCCUUACUCGAUUUUUCAAAUGAGAGAUUUGUAUUGCUCUCUGAAUCAUGCAUUCCUCUGUUUAACUUUACCACAGUCUACAGGCACCUCGUCAACUCCAACCACAGUUUUGUUAGCUCAUUUGAUGAUCCAAGAAACGUUGGUCGUGGACGUUAUAACAAGCAAAUGUGGCCAACCGUGACAUUAUCAGAUUGGCGUAAGGGCUCUCAGUGGUUUGAAGUUCACAGAAAGCUUGCCAUAGAGAUAGUUUCCGAUCCCACAUACUACCCUGUAUUUAAGGACUUUUGCCUGCCUCCCUGCUACACAGAUGAGCACUACUUGGCAACUCUUGUGACCAAAGUUGGUCCUGGGAUGAACUCAAACAGUACCAUUACCUGGGUCGAUUGGUCAACUGGUGGUCCUCACCCAACAACGUUUGUGAGGAAAGAUGUGACGGAAAACUUUCUGAUUCGGUUAAGACAUGGAUUUAAUUGUACUUACAAUGGUGGCAUGAGCUCCAUUUGCCACCUGUUUGCUAGAAAGUUUCAUCCAAGUACUCUGGAGCCUUUACUAAAAAUAGCUCCAGCUCUGUUUGGAUUUAACACCUAA